AUGCCCAAAGCCUUUGACGUGACUCGCCCCACGGCCAAGCCAGGUGAAAGGGCAGAUCUACAAGUCUUCGAUCUGGCAAACGAUUCCCCCGGCUAUAUACCCUCCACCGCUCCCGACCACCCUAACCCUCCUAUCCCCUUUGAACCUCCAUCGUCCCGCCCGAGAAAUCCAGCUGCUCCGGACGACACCCUACCACCGUCUCUCCCAGUCACUUCCAUCCACCAUUAUCGCAGUCUAGCCGGCAACAGCACUUUGAACUCGUCUUCCCGUCGUCGCCGCCGCCGUAGUAGCACUCCAGAUAAUUCCGGAUACACUGCUGAGGAGACAGGAGGCCGUUUGGGAGACCGCACGGCUAGUGAGGCCGGUUCUCAGGAGCAAAGCAGAAUCCAGCCACACACCCAAUCAGAGGGCCAUUCGCCAUUCCCCAAGCGCAGGCGCCUGGCAAAUAUGCGGCCCGAUGGAAUUUCGAGUACAAAUGGCCCCUCUCAAGCGUCUAACGGCUCCAUUGCGUCGCCAUCCCAGAAGUCAGGUCUCUCACACGCCCUCAAUGGCCAGGCCUCUUACGCCCCCUCCAAUGGCGAACUACAAACGAACGGAUCACAGAAACCCUCGAAUACUUCCUCAUAUUUUGGCCACGAUCGAGAAGAAGUCACCCGGAUUCUAAUACAGAGUCUGUUUGAGCUUGGCUAUCAUGGAUCAGCCUCGCUAUUGAGUAAGGAAAGCGGGUAUCAGCUGGAAAGUCCUGGUGUCACUAUCUUUCGAAGCGCGGUCCUUGACGGGAGAUGGUCUGAGGCGGAGAGAAUCCUGGUGCAGUCGUUUUAUCCCGAUGGGAAUGGGCGGAUGCUCAACAAUGGCCGUGAACAGCUUCCGGCCAAGGAAAAGUUGGUACUGGUGGAGGAUGCCGAAUUAAAUGAGAUGCUUUUCUAUUUGCGGCAGCAAAAAUUUUUGGAGUUGUUAGAAGCCCGUGAUCUUGCAGCGGCGCUGAUGGUUCUUCGGCAUGAACUAACGCCCCUUAACUAUGAUAUCGGACGUCUCCAUGCUCUAUCUAGCCUCCUCAUGUGCCCUCCAGAGCAUCUUCAUGACCAAGCUGGCUGGGAAGGGGAAAUGAGUUGUUCUCGGGAGCGACUAUUAUCUGAAUUAUCAAAAUCAAUAUCCCCAUCCGUCAUGAUUCCGGACAACCGUCUCGCCAUCUUAUUAGACCAUGUCAAGCAAAACCAAAUCAACCAGUGUCUAUAUCAUAAUACUGCAUCCCCUCCAUCCUUAUAUUCGGAUCAUAUGUGUGAUCGAAAUGAUUUCCCUCUCCGAAUAGGGAUCGAGUUAAACCAACACUCCGAUGAAGUCUGGUAUUGCCAGUUUUCUCACGAUGGCACGAAACUAGUCACGGCGGGCCGAGACCACAGCGUCAUCAUCUACGAUACAAGUACGUUUACGGUGCUGCAUAAAUUGGUAGAUCAUGAUGAUGGUGUAGCCCAUGCUAGUUGGAGUCCGGAUGACACAAAGCUCAUCACAUGCUCUCAAGACAAGAAGGCUCGCGUCUGGAAUGUUGAGACGGGUUGCUGCCUAUUAACCAUCAACCACCAUCGGCAACCAGUCACAGCUGCAGCAUGGGCUGCAGACGGCGAGUCCUUCGUGACGGCUUCCCUUGACUUGAGCUCGCAAUUAUGUCACUGGAGCUUGCGUGGUCAUUCCAUAUAUACGUGGCCAGGAGGUUUCCGCGUCCAAGAUUGCGCUAUCACCCCGGACGGGCGGCGGUUGCUGGCGGCCGAUGUGGAGGAGAAAAUCCAUGUCUACAACUUCCUGACUCACGAGGAGGAAUAUUGCCUCGCCCUGAAAAGCAAACCCACGUCCGUAGCUGUCAGCAAAGACUCCCGUCAUAUGCUCGUCAACCUUUCAGAGGGCCAAAUACAGCUGAUCGAUAUCGAUACCACUGAUGUCAUUCGGCGCUUUCAAGGUCAGAAACAGGGCUCUUUUGUUAUCCGGAACUCACGUGUCUACGUUUGGCACAAAGAAAAUGGGACUAUCGUGGAGACCCUAGAAGGACACGUUUCCGGGUGUGUCAAUGCAAUAUCUUGGAAUCCAACCAACCCGGGAAUGUUUGCAUCUGCCGGAGAUGAUUGCUUGGUCAGGAUCUGGGCCCGAGAGCGUGAACAACCUCGUCAUGCUUCGGCGGCCAAGCACCAAGCGCUAUCGGCAAGUGGCUUUGCGCGAACUAGUGCUUUGCGAUCAACAUCAAGUUUCUAA